AUGGGGUCUCCCCUCGGCCCCACCUUUGCCAACAUUUUCAUGUGUUCCCUGGAGGAGCAAGGACUUCGGAUUUUGCUCGUGUGCUGUCUGGCAGCUGUUGCCAUUGCAAAGGACAAUCAUGGAGGAAAUAAGCGGUUCUUUGAAGGAUUAAACCCAGGAUUUGGUGAUGUUGAUCCAGGAUUUGGAGGUGGUUUUGGAGGUGGAGUUAACCCAGGCAUUGGAGGAGGAUUCGGAGUUUCCAACACCUGUAGACGUUGUUGCCGAACUCCCGAGGGACAGGCAUACUGCUGCGAGACCAACAAUGACCCUGACACCAUUCCCUUCGUGAAGCCAGGUGUAUGCCCUCCCGUUCGCCCUCAGUGCCCAUCCGUCAGGAGCUUUGCCCCUCCUCAGACUUGCUCCAACGACAGCAAGUGCGGAGGUGUCAAGUGUUGCUACGACAGGAAUCUCGAGGAGCACGUGUGCAAACCCCCUGUUGGGUCUUCCGGCUUUGGGGGAUUCGGAUUUCGUAGAUAA